AUGCCUUUGAGAGAAGAAAGAAAAAUAUGGUUCGACCGGGGAAAUUCAAACAAUAAUAGCGAUAGUCGCUGGAACCAUGGGGCAGCCGUCAACGCCGUUCUAUUCUUAUUCUUUCUAGUCUGGGGAGUACGUACAUUCAGGAUACCUCGACGUACAUAUACCCUGUCCCUGUCGGUCUUGGGGCCGUUGCUUAUUCUUAUUUUCGCCCUCAUCCUCAUCCUCAUCCUUAGCCUUCUCAGCCUUCGACUCAGCCUGACUACAUCUAUUACUCCUCUCCCUUUUAUUUCUCAUCUCUCUACUCUACAAUCUACGCUCAACAGAACACAUGAACUCUUGAAGAUGCCCUCCAAAUUCAUCGAACUUUUCCCCGAAGACGACAACCCUGGCGCCUCCCCCAAGCGCAUCUCCUCCUUCGACGUCCGUCUCGAAGACGUCCUAGCACACCACGAGGCCUCGAUUGGGUUCCGGUCACGCUCCUCCACAUUCUCCUCCAGCAAAGCUAGUCUAGUCGACAAAAUGCCAUCCUACGCGUCGUCGUCAACCAUCUUCUCCUCAUCAUCCACGUCCGCACCAUCGAGUUCGUCAUCGGGGUCAUCAGCAUCGGGGCCAGUUUCGGCAGCAUCUUCGCCCCCAAACCCAUCCUCGUCACGGUGGAAACGCCUCAGCAAUUCUAUUCUCGGCUCGCGGCGGGCGUCGUGA